AAGAGGAGGAAGGCCUCUCUGGCGCUGACAGGGGAGUGAGGGUGUGUGGCAUGAGGAGGGGGGGCUCAAUAUCAUUCUCUUUUUAAACAAGCUGCCCAGUUGGCGUGGACAGCAUCAGACCAUACCCUAACAGCAAGGACCUUCAUCCAGACGCGCUGACCAGCGAAGUCAGAAGUCAGUCCAUGGUUUUAAACCUAGUGUGAUGGAGUUCUGGUCUGGGAGUCAGGGGCAAACGCCCCUGUAUGCCAAAUUUGGGACUGUUCCUGGACGAAACUUUGCACAUGCAUAUCAGGACAAGCAUCAGGCAGCAGAUUUUCAACCGUACCUUUGUGAGCGGCAAGACCAGGCCAGGGAGCCCAGCUGUUGGACAGUACCAGGUUCCAGGACCGGAGGGGUCCUACAGGACUACACCAACGGGACUGAUCAAGACCUGUCACCCUCUGCCCCUCAUUUCCCCUUUGCUCUAGACAGCCAGCCUCGACAGCUUCACGGUUUGAGGGACUAUCAGGCUCAAGAGAAAAGAGAGAGAGAAUGGCUGGUGGGAGAGGCUCAUAGAGCAGCAGCUAGGGAGAGGGAAAGGGAGUGUGAGAGGAGGAUGCAGAGGGAGGUGUUGCAGAGGAGGUGGGAGCCCUGUAGUCCUGUCCACUACAGGAGGGAGCCAGCCAAGAGGAGUUUGAGCAACACUAGCUAUCGGGAGCUGGAGGCCUGGGCGGCACGCUACAGCCACUCACUCCCCAGGAAGAGACGCCUGGAGGCAGGGCUAUGGGGAGCCCAGGGGCCGCAGGAGAGUGAGAGAGUGCUGGAGAAAGAUUCAUGGGGCAACAGAGGUGGAACAGAACACAGAGCAAGUUCAAUACAUCUGGGGGGACUUCUUCAGCCGAGAGAAUGGGGACAGUGGGAGAGAAGGGACACACAGAAAACUAUGUCCCACUACUUGUCUCAGCCUGUCAUUCCUGAUACAACAUACCCAUCAGACACCAAGGAGAAUGAGACAAGCUACCAGAAGAGGGUGUUUAGUCAACCUCCAGGCUACAUUCCACCUCCGCCUUAUAACGCCCCACAUAACAUUUCACCAGUAAUGCAACAUGCUGAUAAAUAUACCACUAAAAAAGCAGUGGCUUCUGUGUACGCAGGGUGGAAUCAGGGAGCUAGCAGACACAUAUACUGCACACUGCCUUCUCCAAGGAAGCAAGACAACUCUGUACUAGACUUUCAUAGCGAGAGGGGAGGGGGAGAUAGGUUUACAAAAGAGGAUUGGAAGCAGAGGACCUGGUCUGAUCCUGGAGGGCAUAGGCAGCAAGGACAUGCUGUAGUUGGUCAAUGGACAGGUUCUUCUGCCCAUCCACAGAACAUCCGAUCUGAUAGCCUCUCACCUCUGUUGCAGUCCCCACAACAGCCUCAGACGUCCAACAUCUGUGAGAUGGCCAACCUCAGUGCCACCAUGGAAAGGAAAGUCAGCCUAAAGAAAAGCAGAGGAGGGGAGACCAUAUUUUGCUUGGUGUCUCGCAUGGGUGGAGCGGCAGGGUUGUCAAGUUCUCCUGAAGAACCACUAAAAACCCUUUCCCUGCCUCUCUUCACCACCUCACCUCGGACAACUGUGUCAACCAGUGAGGUAGACGGGGUAUCUAGAGGCCUAGAGGAGUGUGGUGACAUUAAUGAAUCGCAUAAGCUUGCAGAUGAAGUUGAUUCAGCUGUGCCAUCACUCCAGCAUGAGUCCAGUGCUCCAGCUCAGACCCCUGCCUACAAAAGAGACAGCCAUUUCAAACCUAAACUGAAGGGGGUACUAGAAUGGAUGGGAAGUGAGCAGGUAGCAGCCCACAGGGAGGAGCUUCUCAGGGCCAUUCAGAGCCGACCAAGGCUUCAAGGAGAAGAAAGAGACCGUCAAAGCCUACCCAGUACGACGGACAUUGAAGUUGCUUUGCCAGAAGGCACCCAGGUUAGUGCUUCAUCCCCUGUAUCCAGGAGAAAAGGGAUGCAGACAUUGGCUCCUGUGUCAGUCAAGUAUCCCUUAUGGAGGGAGCCCAGUUACAUGGGCGGAGUCAAGAGUGACAAUCCCUCACCUUGCUAUUUGAAGGGUACUUGGAAGGAGGGCGAACCAGGUAAGGAUCUGAAUGAUGAUCAUACAGAAAAUAGCCCUGAUGAUGGCAAUCAUCCCCUUGAUGUUGAAGUGAGGCAAUUGGAGUUCAAGAGAGACACAGAGUCUGACGGAAGCAGUGGUCUUCUCGUCAUCGACGCAACUUGUGUUGUAGUCAGAGUGGAGUUCAUUUUCCCCCCUAAAAAAGAACAUGUCCAGUAUUUGUGCUCACCAUCUCCUAGUGACCCAGCUGAGCCUGGUCUAGACCCAAGCUCCCCUAUCGACCUUAACCCAAUACAUAACCAAGUCAAGGAAGAUACUUCACCUGAACAGAGCACUGAUAUAUCAGCCCAGGUCUGCCCCCUGUUAGAUAGUGACGAGCCUGUGAUUGAUUUUAAAAAGCUAGAUGUAGAAGAGCAGGUGGAUAAAGAUCAACAUACUUACUCUGACACACCUUUCACUGAAACAUACUUACCUCAGCAGAGAGAGGACACAAGCCAACUCCCUGAAUCGCUCUCGCUCUCGCCUUCAACUUCAAUUACUGACAGUAAGACAUUGGAGGAGCGUGCUGAAAGGAUUUUGGGGAUCCCUCUUCUGAGCUGUAGUGUUCUGGAUCAAACAGAGGAGGAUGAGUCGCCACAGCCAAACAAUGACAACAAUGACUCCCUUGAGGGCCUUCCCAUGAUUACUCUGGAGGAGUCAGUGUCAGAAAGAUCACCUGAGAUUGUUCAAGCUAAAGAUGACAUUUCAGUUGCAGAGGCUGGUGUCACUUUAGAUGCCCAGUCUUCAUCAGACAUAAUUGUGGAGCCCAAGAUGGAGGUGAGAGAACAGACAUGUGAUUUCUCAGUGCAGUAUUCCAGUGAUGGUCUGCCUGACAUACAGGUAAUGUAUUCGCAGAAGACAGAUACCACAAAUGUGCCCCCAUUCAAACACUGCGUUCCGGUCAGCCCGGAGGCAGGUGAAAUUGGUGAUGCUGGUUUUUCCCCACCCAUCUCUCAGUGCCUCAACCCACAGCGAAGUUACCCUGAUUCUCCCCCACACUCACCUUUAAAUAUGAAUUCCCCCUCUAAUUCAAGAUCCUCAUCUCCCUCUCAUCACUUCUUGACUAUACCCUCCCAGUUAACUUCUCAAUCUGCUCCUCCUGAAUCUAACACAGAUCCCCUCUGUCUUCCUGAGGAAGUGCCACUCUCUAAAUCAGACAUAAGCUUACCCCUUCACCCUGAUCCCUCUCCCUCGGUCCCACUCUCCCCCUCUAGAUCUCCCUCUCUCUCAAUCCCCCUCUCCCCCUCUAGAUCUCCCUCGCUCUCAGUCCCACUCUCCCCCUCUCAAUCUCCCCCAUCCUCUCUCUCAGUCCCCCUCUCUCCCUCUAGAUCUCCCCCUCCCUCUCCCUCAGUCCCACGCUCCCACUAUAGAUCUCCCCCUCCCUCUCUCUCAGUCCCCCUCUCCCCCUCUAGAUCUCCCCCUCCCUCUCCCUCAGUCCCACUCUCCGACUUUAGAUCUCCCCCUCCCUCUCUUUCAAUCCCACUCUCCCCCUCCAGAUCUCCCUCUCCCUCAGUCCCACUCUCCUCCUACAGAUCUCCUCCCCCUCCAGGCCCCUCCUCUAGACCCCAGAGUCCAGAGAUACUGGUCAAGUCCUUUACCCCUGUCCUGUCCUCAUCUUCCACACCAACCACACAUAGAGAGGGGCCUGAAUACCCCAAGUCCCUCUGGGAUGCAGUGAAAUGCAUCCGGAAGCACACAGCACCUGAUUCAGAGAAUGAGGAGGAGGAGGGAGGUGAGCUGUGGGAUCCAGAGAGUGCGGGUGAGGAUGGUGCUCCACUAAAUGAAGAGUUUGAUUUGGGCAUGGUGAAUAUGUUGUUCCAGAGUAGUGAUAACCUGAGACAGGGGAUCAUGUUCAGCUCUGGGGGAAGUUCCCUUGAAGUAGCAAAUGACUUAGAGGUGCAAAGGGAUCACAAAGAGGAACACAUUUUGGUAACAGAUGAAAAAUGCAGUGAGAAGGAGCCCAGCAGGCCGGCUGAAGAUGACACGCUCUCCUGCAGCAGCACAGACAGCCACGGCUCAGGGGAAACGGUCAUCAUGGGGGCCGAGGGAUUGUCUGACUCUGACUCUGAGACAGAGACUGAGACUGAUGAGGAGACAGAUUGUGAAGCUGAGCACCGUGUUACUGAGGAAUGGAGCUGCACUGUGAGGCCAGAAAGCUAUGUUGUAGUGGAGGAGGAGCGAGAAGAUGAGAGAGAUGGGGAGGUGAGGGACCCAGCUGAGCUUUGUCAAAAGGAAGGCUAUCUGUCUGAGAUACAGGCGACAACACAACAAAUUGAGGACAGGGAUAUGGUAAACUGUCAGAAAGCAGGGGAAGUCCGAAGCUCUGAGGGGGAGGAGAGCAGAUGUUUGGUCAAUGCAACCACAUCUGAAAGGUUCUCUGGUGGGGCUAUGGGUGAUGAGGGUCAGUGUGGAUGUGUGACAGUAGAGGGGCUAGAGGAGAGUGAUAAUGGGCAACACCAUAACAAUGGUGAAGGAGUUUACAGUAGUCAAUGCACUGAGGUGGUGGAAAGGGUUGAGGAAAUGUGUAGCAGCAAUGUGACAUCAGAAAUGAUGGAUGAUAAAUCCUGUGACUCAUCCUUAAUGGAGGAGUCCUCUCAGGAGGAUAUUCCCUGUCAGUCAAGUCAAUAAGUAGCGCUGCAAGUGGUAUAUCAUGCUAUCAGAGCAUGAACUUGAACUUGAAUACAAUUGAAAAUGAGCUAAUUUACAUUUUAAAUUCCUUCAGAACCUUAUAUUGACAUUGAGGACACGUCUAUGUGUGUGGGAUCUGACUUUUUAUAGACAUACAGGAUUUUAAAUAGUAGAACAAGGGUAUUUAAUUUAUUGAAGGGCAUUUUGCAAGACCGCCGAGAUUUGUUGUAUGGCAGGGUGUAGUUAUUGCCAAAGCAUCUCUCAAUGGGUCCAAUCUGUUUGCUGUGUUUUUCAUUAAUAUUCAUGCUGUGGGAUUAUUGGUUUAGAGAUGUGCGUUUUGAAUUGUGCAUUUUGACAUACUCUGACAUAAUUUUGCUUCAAUAAUUGUGCUGUUUUCAUUUAAAAUGAUGUAAUAAAUGAACCAUACUUUAGUCUGUGUAAAACAUGUUUUUUCAACAUCCACAAUUUGUUUAUUGGUUUUGGUCGCCUUUUUAAGUAUUGGCAUGUCCUCUUCAUGAUUUACAUGACGCAACAAUAAACAACUCAUUAGGCCUACUUUAAGCAAGGUGUCUUAAAUAUUUAAUGAACAAUUCAUCCAUAUAUGACAGAGAUUACAUUUC